GUCGCUCACCGGCCCAUGCCAGGCCCCCGGGCCCCGCGAAGGAGGCGGGACCGUCCUCGGCAGGACAGCAGGCUCUCUGAGGACUGCCCAGCUGGCCCAGAUUCCCUUUCCUGGAGCGGCCCCCAGAACCAUGGAGAGUCUGAGUGAACUGCAGAACCCGCUGCUGCCUCGGAGCCCCGCCCACCUCCACCGCCCCUACCCCUACCCCGAGGCCUCGCCCAGCUGGUCCUGCCAGGAGAAGCUCUACUCCUUCCUCCUAGGAGGUGCUGACCCUGCUCGCGCCCACCAGCUCCUGGACCCAGGGUCCCUGCAGCUGGCCGUGGAGGCCUGGUACAGGCCUGCCUGCCUCCUGGGGAGGGACAAGGUCAAAGAGCCCAGGGCAGGCAGCUGUGAGACCAGCUUCACGGAGAGCAGGGAGCCCCAGGCUGGGCCCACAGAGUGGUCCACAGAACCCGGCCAAGCAGAAGAGGAUGUCGCCAUCCAGACUGUGUCCUAUGGGGUUCAAGAGGAGCUGCAGGGACGGGAGGACGACCAAGAGGAGGAGGAGAGUGACACAACCUCGACAGAGAGUGAGAGUGAAGACAACUUCCUCACGCUGCCCCCCAGGGACCACCUGGGGCUCACCAUCUUCUCCAUGCUCUGCUGCUUCUGGCCACUGGGCAUCGCCGCCUUCUACUUCUCCCAGGGGACCAGCAAGGCCAUCUCCAAGGGGGACUUCCGCCUGGCCAGCACCACCUCCCGCAGGGCCCUCUUCCUGGCCACUCUCUCCAUUGCCGUGGGGGCCGGUCUCUAUGUGGCUGUGGUGGUGGCUCUGGCAGCUUACAUGUCCCACAAUGGCCAUGGCUAGUGGCCGGUAGGGUCCAGCACCCUGACUCCCCUGCUCCAACUGAGGGGGCAGCGGGCCUUGAGGUUGCAGACUCUCUGGAAAGCCCUGCCCCUGGAGACAAGUCGUGAGGUGGCUGGUGUUGGGACGCCUCCCGGGCCGCAGCCUGCAGGGCUCAACCUUCACUUCCUCAUGCCCAGUGCUCCUGGCCCCAGAGCAGGGCCGGGGGCACCACUCUCCAGCUCAAUCAGUGUUGGAAAGCAGGAGAGGGUAGCGCUGCCCAUCACACCAACCAGGCAGGCCCCACCUCUGGCUUGAUGCCAGCUCGGAGCUCAGACCAUCUGCCCACUCCCCAGAGGGUCUCUGCCCUCAGGCAGCCCACUACCCAACUCUGCCAACCUCUCCACAGAGAAAGAGCAGGAGGUGGCAGGGAGAGAAGGGAUGCCUGGCGGACAGGAGACCUGACCCAGUCCUUUCAGCUCAUAGGAGUCUCUACCCCUGGGACAGCCUGGCUUCCCCAGUUCCACCAUCUGGCCUCCUGAUGCCCAAUCCCAGCCAGCCAGGGGGGAGAUACACGGAGACACGGGGCCCCUUGCUCUUUCUGGCUCUGGGUGGUGCUUAUCUCUCCUGAGGGCUUGUGAGACACCAUAGAUUCCAGAUGGGGGGUCCCAGGCAUGUAAACUCUGCACCAAGACCAGCUUCUUGGAGCUCCUCUGUGCAGGAAGAAAAGCAGAUGUGAUGACAGGGGUCCUGAAAUAUUGCCGGACCACCUGGGGCUCCACACUCUGCCCCUGGUCCCUGCUCCCAUCAUCCUUUUCUGGGCUCCUCCUGGGGGACCCCAAGAGGGCACCAUCCCAGGUAAAUGGAGAGAGCGCUAUCAGCAGCCCACCAGCCACUGAGCUCAGGGCCUUACAUCCUAUGGGAAACCAGCGAGGAGAAGCCCCACUGAGUACAGUGAGUUCGAUGAAGGAGUGACACAGGGCUGGCAUGACUGAGCAGCCAGCAGGGAUCAGGAAGGCUUCCUGGAGGAGGUGCCCCUCUAGAAGGAUGAGGAGAAUCUAUCUAAGGGGUUUGCUUUCCCAUCACCCUUAGUGUUCAUGGGCAGGGAUGUGACAGGAGCCUCCCAAGGGGCGUUCCAAGCUGUUUGAAUUGUGCCAGGACCACGUGGGCUGGAACCAAAUUGCAAUCAUUUCUGAGGGCUCCACCAACUCAGAGAAGAAGGUUGGGCCUGUCUCUCAAAGACCAAUGAUGUUUUCCCGCUUCCGAACGCUGGAGGUCAGCAGUGGGCCCCUGACCAGCCUUGGGCUUCUUUGCUGAUGCCCCUGCUCAGCGUUGCUCUCGCACCCCAGCAACUGGGGAACGUCCAGAAUUUGAGAGACAUACAGGCGGCAGGAAGGCAGCACACUGGAAGGCAGGCCUGUCAGGGCUCAAGCUAUCAGCCUCCUUGUGCAUGAUCUGGGGCCCUGGUCAUUCCCGGGCCCCAUCCAGAGCCUGGGACUGUGGAUCCACCGCUGACCCAGCUUGUCCCACUGUCCACACUCACCCUAGGUGUCACCAAGCCCACUGCAUCCCUUAAAGUCCCACAGGCCCAGGAUCAGCAGUUUUAAUGUCUGACAUUGUGUAUAUUUAUCCUUGUAAUAAACAUUUCUGUAACACCUGGUGCCUGCCUCCACGUUCGCCUGUGUCCCAUCCUCCUUCACACCUAUCUGCUGCUUCUGCCCCCAGCGGCCCAACUCCUGCCCUCUGUGGGGGAGGGAUGGUCAUGGUGUACACUGGACCCCAGGCCGCACCCUCUGGAUUGAGUUUCAGUUGCUCACAGCAGCAAUUUGGUUGAGAGCAUUGAGACCUGCCUUCCUCUCCUAUCUUCUU